UUUGGUAUAAAACCAAUAUUUCAGUCAGUCUUCGUUAAUUUCGAAGAAAUGGAGUUAUUCGCGCUAUUGAUUCUAACUCUCGCAUCAAUUUUGAUUGAAGCCGAUCCAGGCGAUCCCGAUAUACUUUCCGAAAUUUUAGAAGAAAAGGCCAGAUUAGAUGAAUUGGAAACAAGUUUGAUAAAUGAAUCGAUUCAGUUUUCGUUUGAUGAACAAUUAUUAAAGGCUUAUGAUAAGAAAAUUGAAUCCUCGUCUUCAUCAUUUAAAAAACAGUUAAUACGGACCAAAGCAGCUUUAAUGGAAGUAAAUGAGAAAAUUGCAGACAUCAAUCGUCAUAUAUUUAUGAAAUUUCUUAAUGAGGGAACUCUAAUGGUGCGUGUUUUUGAUAAUCAAUCGAUGAAAGAUUUAGUACGGCAUAUUUGGGGGACAAACACGAACACGAAAUCCGAACUUGAAUCUUAGCAAGUUAUUAAAAGCCGUUUGCAUGAUUUAACUAUAGCAAUGGAUGUUGUCAAAAACCAAACAUUUAAUUGCGAAAAUUCUUUCCUGCAUUUGACGUGUAACGAUUUUGAAAAAUUAAAAACGAAAUCCUCCGCAAUUUUGUUACACACACCGAUAAAUGAGAAACAUCUUGGAGGAACAACAAAUAUAAUCAUUAAAAACAUUUUUAUACCAGCUGAAAAGUUUCCAAACUCCAAUGAUGCACGCACUACGAGUCUGUUAAAUUGCAUUUGGAAAC